AUGUCCUUAACGGAGUCCCGUUUUCCACCGACGGUUUUGUUCUAUGUGCGUUCCAAAUUGCGCAAUCCCUGCUGCAAGGCCCAGUUCACGCGUUCCGGGGAUCCCGGUGCUCUUGCCAGGCAGGCACGGGUGGUGCAGCGUUGGAUCAACGCCACCGAAGUUAAGCGCGAUGGAGAGUGCAUUGGCAUCGGGAAGCUGUGCAUCGUCGGUUGGACCGACAUUUCUGAAGAGGAGCUAGCGGGGGAUGAGCUUGGGGAUCUGUCCCCUGAUGAUCUUGUCCCGACCAGCGCUCAUCGCAGGGUUCAUGAUCCGAACCAGGUGCAGGUAGAACUGCUCUAG